AGAACCCAGCUCAUCACAAAGAUCAAAUCAUUCAAAAACCACCCCUCUUCCCAAAAUACCCUCACAACCCUCACAUAAUUACACAAAAAAUCCCGCCCUUCAAAUUCUCCACACCACACCAUUAUACCCGUUCCUUCCCUCUGAAACCUCCUCAUUCAUCACCAUCCCCAAAUCAAAACCCUAAUUUCCAUUUUCCUCCCCAAACCAAUUUUCCCGAGAAAAUGAGAGAAAUCCUGCACAUCCAAGGAGGCCAGUGCGGGAACCAGAUCGGCGCAAAAUUCUGGGAAGUCAUCUGCGACGAGCACGGGAUCGACCACUCCGGCAAGUACAACGGCGAUGCUGAGCUUCAACUCGAACGCAUCAAUGUCUACUACAACGAAGCCACCGGUGGAAGGUACGUUCCACGCGCUGUCCUCAUGGAUCUGGAGCCCGGCACCAUGGACUCCGUCAGAUCCGGUCCGUUUGGCCAGAUCUUCCGCCCUGAUAACUUCGUCUUCGGUCAAUCCGGCGCCGGUAACAAUUGGGCGAAAGGUCAUUACACCGAAGGCGCUGAACUCAUCGAUUCCGUUCUCGACGUUGUUCGUAAGGAGGCUGAGAAUUGCGAUUGCUUGCAAGGGUUUCAGGUGUGCCAUUCUUUGGGCGGUGGAACUGGCUCCGGCAUGGGGACGCUUCUUAUCUCGAAGAUCCGGGAGGAGUAUCCGGAUCGGAUGAUGUUGACGUUUUCGGUGUUUCCUUCCCCGAAGGUGUCUGACACGGUGGUGGAGCCGUAUAAUGCUACGCUUUCAGUGCACCAGCUUGUGGAGAAUGCGGAUGAGUGCAUGGUGUUGGAUAAUGAGGCUCUCUAUGACAUUUGCUUCAGGACUUUGAAGCUCGCUACACCGACAUUUGGUGACCUUAAUCACCUUAUUUCUGCCACCAUGAGUGGGGUUACUUGUUGUCUACGUUUCCCUGGCCAACUGAACUCUGAUCUACGAAAGCUUGCUGUCAAUCUCAUCCCAUUCCCUCGUCUCCAUUUCUUUAUGGUUGGGUUUGCACCUUUGACAUCAAGAGGAUCCCAGCAGUACCGUGCUUUGACAGUACCUGAAUUGACUCAGCAGAUGUGGGAUUCGAAGAACAUGAUGUGUGCCGCUGAUCCACGCCAUGGUCGUUAUUUGACUGCUUCAGCAAUGUUCCGUGGUAAGAUGAGCACAAAGGAGGUAGAUGAGCAGAUGAUCAAUGUGCAAAACAAGAACUCUUCAUACUUUGUUGAGUGGAUACCUAAUAAUGUCAAGUCCAGCGUGUGUGAUAUCCCACCUAAAGGUCUUAAGAUGUCAUCCACUUUCAUUGGUAAUUCAACUUCAAUCCAGGAGAUGUUCAGGAGAGUUAGCGAGCAGUUCACAGCUAUGUUCAGGCGCAAGGCUUUCUUGCAUUGGUACACUGGAGAGGGAAUGGAUGAGAUGGAGUUCACCGAGGCUGAGAGUAACAUGAAUGAUCUUGUUGCUGAGUACCAGCAAUACCAGGACGCUACUGCUGAUGAGGAUGAGUAUGAGGAGGAGGAAGAAGAGGAGCCAGUUGAUGCUUAAGGAAUCUCUAUAAUUUGUCAGAAUUGUGUCAAAAUAUGAAUAUGGUUGGCUUUUAGUGAGUGGCAUAUGUUUAAAUUUGGAGCAGUCAAAUUGUAUUGACUUGUUCAUGUGUAUGCAUCUAUUGAUUGUUGUCACUGUUGGAACUGAAUUUUGUUGACAAUGCUUCUGUUCUUGAGAUUAAGUCUUGGAGGUUUGUAAUGGUUAAAUGAUUGUAUACAUCUAAGUCAAUGAUCUUGUAUUUUUUCUUCUUC